AUGGGACAGAGGGCUGAGUCCUACCUCCAGGCAGCACCAGCUGUCAAAGGCCAGCCAGGAGAACCCCUGUGGGUUCUCACACCCAUCCUGCCUUCUCUUCCAGAACCCAACGUCUUCCUCAUCUUCAGCCAUGGACUGCAGGGUUGCCUAGAGGCCCAGGGUGGGCAGGUCAGAGUCACCCCAGCCUGUAAUGCCAGUCUUCCUGCCCAGCGCUGGAAGUGGGUCUCCCGAAACCGCCUCUUCAACCUGGGUGCCAUGCAGUGUCUGGGCACAGGCUGGCCAGGCACCAACACCACAGCCUCCCUGGGCAUGUACGAGUGUGACCGGGAGGCGCUGAACCUUCGCUGGCACUGUCGCACACUGGGUGACCAGCUGUCCUUGCUCCUGGGAGGCCGUGCCACCAACACCUCCAAGACUGGCACCCCUGAGCGAGGCGACCAGACCCGCAGCGGCCAGUGGCACAUCUAUGGCAGUGACGAGGAUCUGUGUGCUCGGCCCUACUAUGAGAUCUACACCAUCCAGGGGAACUCCCACGGGAAGCCAUGUACCAUCCCCUUCAAGUACGACAACCAGUGGUUCCACGACUGCACCAGCACAGGCCGCGAGGAUGGCCACCUGUGGUGCGCCACCACGCAGGACUACGGCAAGGAGGAGCGCUGGGGCUUCUGCCCAAUUAAGAGUAAUGACUGCGAGACCUUUUGGGACAAGGACCAGCUGACUGACAGCUGUUACCAGUUUAACUUCCAGUCCACGCUGUCGUGGAGGGAGGCCUGGGCCAGCUGCGAGCAGCAGGGGGCGGACCUGCUGAGUAUCACGGAGAUCCACGAGCAGACUUACAUCAAUGGGCUUCUCACGGGUUAUAGCUCCACACUCUGGAUUGGCCUCAAUGACCUGGACACCAGUGGUGGCUGGCAGUGGUCCGACAACUCGCCCCUCAAGUACCUCAACUGGGAGAGCGACCAGCCAGACAACCCAAGUGAUGAGAACUGUGGGGUGAUCCGCACUGAGUCCUCAGGUGGCUGGCAGAACCGUGACUGCAGCAUCGCGCUGCCCUACGUGUGCAAGAAGAAGCCUAACGCCACUGCAGAACCUACUCCUCCAGACGCGUGGGCCAACGUGAAGGUGGAGUGCGAGCCGAGCUGGCAGCCCUUCCAGGGCCACUGCUACCGCCUGCAGGCAGAGAAGCGCAGUUGGCAGGAGUCCAAGAAGGCGUGUCUCCGGGGCGGCGGCGACCUGCUCAGCAUUCACAGCAUGGCCGAGCUGGAGUUCAUCACCCAGCAGAUCAAACAGGAGGUGGAGGAGCUAUGGAUCGGCCUCAACGAUUUGAAACUGCAGAUGAAUUUUGAGUGGUCUGACGGGAGCCUGGUGAGCUUUACGCACUGGCACCCCUUUGAGCCCAACAACUUCCGGGACAGCUUGGAGGACUGUGUCACUAUCUGGGGACCGGAGGGUCGCUGGAAUGACAGUCCCUGUAACCAGUCCUUGCCGUCCAUCUGCAAGAAGGCAGGUCAGCUGAGCCAGGGCGCCGCUGAGGAGGAUCAUGGCUGCCGGAAGGGUUGGACAUGGCACAGCCCAUCUUGCUACUGGCUGGGAGAGGACCAAGUGACCUACAGUGAGGCCCGGCACCUGUGCACUGACCACAGCUCCCAGCUGGUCACCAUCACCAACAGGUUUGAGCAGGCCUUCGUCAGCAGCCUCAUUUACAACUGGGAGGGUGAGUACUUCUGGACGGCCCUGCAGGACCUCAACGGCACUGGCUCCUUCCACUGGCUCAGUGGGGACGAGGUCACGUACACCCACUGGAACCGGGACCAGCCUGGGUACAGCCGUGGGGGCUGUGUGGCCCUGGCCACAGGCAGCGCCAUGGGGCUGUGGGAGGUGAAGAACUGCACCACGUUCCGGGCUCGCUACAUAUGCCGGCAGAGCCUGGGCACACCAGUGACGCCAGAGCUGCCUGGACCAGACCCCACGCCCAGCCUCACCAGCGCCUGUCCCCAGAGCUGGGCCUCAGACCCCAAACUCAGGCACUGCUAUAAGGUAUUCAGCUCAGACCGGCUGCAGGACAAGAGGAGCUGGGUCCAGGCCCAGGGGGCCUGCCAGGAACUGGGGGCCCAGCUGCUCAGCCUGGCCAACUAUGAGGAGGAGCACUUUGUGGCCAACAUGCUCAACAAAAUCUUCGGUGAAUCAGAGCCCGAGAUCCACGAGCAGCACUGGUUCUGGAUGGGGCUGAACCGUCGCGACCCCGGAGGCGGGCAGAGCUGGCGCUGGAGCGAUGGGCUGGGAUUCUCUUACCACAAUUUCGACCGGAGCCGGCACGACGACGACGACAUCCGGAGCUGUGCGGUGCUCGACCUGGCCUCCCUGCAGUGGGUGGCCAUGCAGUGCGAGACGCCGCUGGACUGGAUCUGCAAGAUUCCCAGAGGCACGGAAGUGCGGGAGCCUGAUGUGAGCCCUCAAGGCCGGCGGGAGUGGCUGCGCUUCCAGGAGGCAGAGUACAAGUUCUUUGAGCAUCACUCCACGUGGGCCCAGGCGCAACGCAUCUGCACAUGGUUCCAGGCCGAGCUGGCCUCCGUGCACAGCCAGGCAGAGCUGGACUUCCUGGGCCACAACCUACAGAAGUUCUCCCGGAACCAAGAGCAGCACUGGUGGAUUGGCCUGCACACCUUGGAAAGCAAUGGGCGCUUCAGGUGGACAGAUGGUUCCGUUAUCAACUUCAUCUCCUGGGCACCUGGCAAACCCCGACCCAUCGGCAAGGACAAGAAGUGUGUGUACCUGACAGCCAGCCGAGAGGAUUGGGGGGACCAGAGGUGUCUGACAGCCUUGCCCUAUAUCUGCAAGCGCAGCAACCGCACCAGAGAGACACAGCCCCCUGAGCUGCCACCCACAGCCCUGGGGGGCUGCCCCUCCGGCUGGAACCAGUUCCUCAACAAGUGUUUCCGAAUCCAGGGCCAAGACCCCCAGGACCGAGUGAAGUGGUCAGAGGCACAGUUCUCAUGUGAACAGCAAGAGGCCCAACUGGUCACCAUUGCAAACCCCUUAGAGCAAGCCUUCAUUACAGCCAGCCUGCCCAAUGUGACCUUUGACCUUUGGAUUGGCCUUCAUGCCUCGCAGAGGGACUUCCAGUGGGUGGAGCAGGGGCCUCUGCUGUAUGCCAACUGGGCACCUGGCGAGCCCUCGGGCCCUAGCCCAGCUCCCAGCGGCAACAAACCGACCAGCUGUGUGGUGGUCCUGCACAGCCCCUCAGCUCCCUUCACCGGGCGCUGGGACGACCGGAGCUGCACGGAGGAGACUCACGGCUUCAUCUGCCAGAAGGGCACAGACCCCUCCCUGAGCCCAUCCCCAGCAGCGUCGCCCCCUGCCCCGGGCGCCGAGCUCUCCUACCUCAAUGGCACCUUCCGGCUGCUGCAGAAGCCGCUGCGCUGGCACGACGCCCUCCUGCUGUGCGAGAGCCGCAACGCCAGCUUGGCCCGCGGCUCGCGGAGGUACUCCUGGGUCUCGGAGGAGCCGCUGAGCUAUGUGAGCUGGCAGGACGGAGAGCCCCAGCAGCCCGGGGGCUGCGCCUACGUGGAUGUGGAUGGCGCCUGGCACACCACCAGUUGCAACACCAAGUUGCAGGGGGCUGUGUGUGGAGUUAACGGUGGACCCCCGUCUCCCAGAAGAAUAAGCUACCAGGGCAGCUGUCCCCAGGGGCUGACUGACUCCAUGUGGAUUCCCUUCCGGGAGCACUGUUACUCCUUCCACCUGGAGCUGCUGCUGGGCCACAAGGAGGCGCUGCAGCGCUGCCAGAGAGCGGGUGGGGCAGUCCUGUCCAUUCUGGACGAGAUGGAGAACGUGUUCAUCUGGGAGCAUCUGCAGAGCGCGGAGGGCCAGAGCCGGGGUGCCUGGCUGGGCAUGAACUUCAACCCCAAAGGAGGCACCCUGGUCUGGCAGGACAACACAGCCGUGAACUACUCCAACUGGGGUCCCCCCGGCCUGGGCCCCAGCAUGCUCAGCCACAACAGCUGCUACUGGAUCCAGAGCAGCAGCGGGCUGUGGCGCCCUGGUGCCUGCACCAACAUCACCAUGGGUGUUGUUUGCAAGCUCCCUCGAGCUGAGGAGAGCAGCUUCUCGCCAUCAGCCGCGCUUCCGGAGAACCCGGCGGCCCUGGUGGCGGUGCUGAUGGCGGUGCUGCUGCUCCUGGCGCUGCUGACCGCCGCCCUGAUCCUCUACCGGCGGCGGAAGAGCGUCGAGCGUGGGGCCUUCGAGGGGGCGCGCUACAGCCGCAGCUCCUCCGGCCCCGGCGAGGUCACAGAGAAAAACAUCCUGGUGUCCGACAUGGAAAUGAACGAACAGCAAGACUAG